CGGCGUCCGUUUAUAACGUCAUGUCGUGUUUGUAAUUUUGAAAAUAUUUACUUGAUUUUCACUAUAAAGUUGAUGAAAUCCCUUUAAAAAUUAGUGAAGGUGAUAAUAAUGGAUACUUCGAUGAAUGAAACAGAGGCACAUCAAUCUUUUCGAUCUCCACCUCGGAGAAGGCGGUCAACAUUCUUCGAAAGAAGGGACUCGAUAGUUCCACACGCAAUGUCUGAAAAUUUAAACCCUUUUAAGAAAGAGUCAGAAGCGAAUGAUAGACAUUCCGAAGAUCUCACAAGAUAUUAUGAGAAACUUCUGGCUGAGAAAGAAAUGUGGAAGAAGGAGGUAAACGAGAGGAGAAACAAGUACCAUGACCUCAGACAACAAUACCAGAUGGCAGUAAAAGCAUCUAGUAGAUCAAGAAUGUCCUAUUCAGCACUAUCCAAUGAAGACAUAGAAUUUAUCAAGGGAAAACCAAACAUAUCCAAACUUAUUGACAGUCAACAGAAACUUCACAAAUCUGUGCUAGAGGCCCGAGCACUUUAUCGAAGGGCAAGUGAACUUGAUAAUGUAAUAUUGACACAGAGUGAAAAUAUUGUCAGUAUGGUCACAGAUUAUAUACUGGAAAACAGUACUAUUGGGCCAACAGAAUGAUGAUAACCUACGUUGAAUUUUGUAAAU